AUGGAGGGGUGGAGGAGGUGGUUUCUGGAGCGCUGGAUGUCGAGUGCUUAUCAGCUCAGGCUGUGUGGGAAGAGGAUCGAUGGUGCCAUCAGGCUCUUACCCGGUUGGGCUAAAUCGAAUAGUGUCGGUUGUUAA